GUGUCAAAUCAUUGUGUCAAAUGCACUAGAAAUCAGCCGGUCAGCUGUUUAUUAGUGUGAUUUAGUGUAAAAGGUAUUCUGUGCCAUAUUGCGACUUUGAUAAAAUGCCAGAGGAAAGGAAAGGCCAAAGGAAUCCUAAAGAACAGAGGAGACGAGGCCGAAGGCAAGAGCAACAAGCUGAGAAAAAGGUUGAAAAGGCAGAACCACCCAAAAUGGCACCCAAAGUAACCGAACCUCAAAAGCCUGUGCAAGAGAGCCCGGGCCCAGAAUUCUACAAAAGUCUCAAGAGAGAAACUGAUGAAAUCCUCAAAAUCACAGAGGAGGAAAGUACGAAAUACAAGAAAAAAGAGAUUCAAAGCAACUGGUCAAAGUAUGAGAUGCCAAUAGAAACAUAUGAAGAAAUAGAAGAACAAGAGAACAUGGGGGCUGAUUAUGAGACUCUUAUCCAAGCGUCGUUGUCAGUAGGGGGUCAUUUUCAAUUCAAACAUGAAAAAUCAUGGGAUACAGAUACGGGGCCCACGCCCUACGAUAAAUACUUCGAAAUUAACAUGGACAACCUCAAUUUAGCACUAUCUUCUAUACCUUUCUAUGAAAGAAAUGUUAUCGAUCAAACACUAUUCAACGAAACAGACAUUUUGACCAUGAAUAAUAGAGCUACAAGGUAUAAACAAAAAUAUUUCAACGAUAAGUCAUACACGACCCCAGAAAUAGAAGCUCAGGAGAAGAUACUUCAAAGUCUUAAAGAUGACAAUAAAACAACAAAUUCAGAAAUUGAGAUACAAGAGAAAAUAUUAGAUAACUUAAAAGACAACUUUAGCAAGACUGACUUAGAUACUGAAGUUGUUAAUGUGAAUGUUGAUCAAGAAAUUGAAAAUGACACAUUAAUUAGCAAAGACUUCACAGCUGCACCCAUAGAUGAAGUUAAAACCAAAGCAAUUGAUUUAGAAUAUAAAGAGGUUCCGAAAGUGGAAAAAGCUGUUAGUCCAGUGCAUGUGAAACAAGAGCCAUCGAAAGAAAACGUAUCAAUGCAACAAGUAAAGAAAAAUGAGAGCAUUGAAAUGGAUCCUGAAGAUGAAAUAAUUUUCGGUAAACCCCAACGGCCACCACCUGCAACCGAAAACAAAGUUGAAACUAAGAAGAUAGCUCAAGUUAAACCAACACCCAAAGUUGCUGACACACAACAGAAGCAAUCAAAGCACCCAGUAAUAGAAUCUCCGGAAGACCUCGAAAAAUGGCUUGAUGAUUUCUUGGACGGUUGAUGUUACCUUAUUUAUUUGUAAUGACUUACUUAAGAAAGUAAUUAAUAUUGGCAAACCAUAAUAACCACAUUUGCUUUAUUGACAUGAGCGUAGGCACUCAGAAGAUAGGUUAUUCUUGCAGGUUUUCUGGUAAUCACGCAUGAUUUUAUAUUUAGUGGAGCAAUCGACAUAAAACUUGCCCGAGCACUGGACCUAAUACAUGGAUACCCGUUUUAAAUAAACUUGUUCAAAAUUGUUACGAAAAACCAAAAUGUUAAGUCCUAAAAGUAAGGCCAGGCUACGCCCAUAAAUACUAAUUAUUGUUUAUGAUCUGUUUUUUAAUUUAUAUUUUAUGUGACAUUUAAUGUACCUACCUACCUAAUAUAUAAUAACAUAAGCAAAUCGUACAAUUAAAUGACAUUGUUAAAUUUA